AUGACGGCCCAGAAGAAUGUUCGAAAAAUUACUAGGCUUAACGCAAGCGACACAGAGACAACCACUGAAAGUGUUGUCGGGGUAGUGAAAAGCGACGGUGGAGUCAUUAUCAAAGGGCUUUUCCCGAAAGAACAUACGGAUAGGAUACGGGCGGAACUGAAGCCAGUGUUCGAUGCGGAUAUCCCCGAUCCUUCUGGAUUCUUUCCAAAAACCACGCGACGGGCUACAGGGUUGAUUGGAAUUUCAGACGCAUGCGUGGAGUACGCGACGAAUAAACUGUGGAUUGAUGUCUGUAACGCAAUCCUCACCAGUACCUUUUGCGGGUGGCAUGGGGAAUCCCUAGAGAAAUGGACGACCAAACCCAUAAUUUCCUCCACUGUGGGGUUCCAAAUCCAUCCAGGAUCGCGUGCCCAGGAUUUACACAAGGAUGAUAGUGAUUAUCACCCGAGAGACCAUACGGAAGAUAUUAUGUUGGGUUGCUUGCUGGCAGUGACGAAGUCUACCUAUGAAAAUGGUGCAACUUUAAUAAUACCGGGAUCUCAUAAAUGGAGCCCUGAACGCAUUCCAAGGAAAGAAGAAGCAAUUCCAGCGGAACUUGAUGUUGGGGAUGUCCUGAUAUUUACCGGCAAUGUUUAUCAUGGGGGCGGCGCAAACAAAUCAAUUGAUCAAAUUCGAGAAGUCAUUGGAAUGUUUAUGGUCAAGGGAAUGUACAGACCGGCAGAGAACCAAAUGCUUGCUGUGCCACCUGAAAUGGCAAAAAGAUUUUCGCCCCAGGUCCAGAGACUGCUCGGAUAUGGAAUCAGUGCCCCAAGUGUUGGAUUUUAUAAAUACCAGGAUCCCAUGCGUGUUCUAUUUGGUGUAGAGGAUGAAGAAACUGUGGAUAUGUGA